AUGAAGGUGUCGUUGAAGACCAAAGCAUUGACAGCAAUGAACAAGAAAGAUCUCGAUGCCAAGUUGAUUGAGUUGAAAACCGAGUAUGCCAACUUAAGAACUGCUAAGGUCACCGGUGGUCAACCAGCAAAACUCUCGAAGUUGAGAGUCGUCAGAAGAAACAUCGCUAGACUCCUCACCUACAUGAACACUCAGAGAAAGAAUCAACUCAGAGUCUACUACAAACAAGCCAAAUACAUCCCAAAGGAGUUGAGACCAAGAACCACCAAAAAGGAAAGACUCGCUCUUACCCCAGAACAAAAGAAUGCCAAGACCAAGAGACAAGCUCUUAAGGCUUCUAUGUUCCCAAUGAGAAGAUUCUUCAUCCGUGCUUAA